AAGAUGACAGGAGAGGUUUUCUUAGAACUGGAGAGAUUCCAGACCAUCUGUAGUAUCAAGAUCAAGAUAUACCACCAUGAUUAGGAUCAAGAUCAAGUUAAGUUGAUAUCUGCUCAUUCACGCUAUUAUUUAUUUCAAAGAUGUUGUCAUCAAUGGUGAAGGACCAUCAAGCAAGGCAGCAAGCCAGGAAGGAGGAGCAAGAACAACGUCGAAAGGAAGCCAUACAGGCGAGCAGCAACCUGACCCAUGCCUUGGUAGACCAUCUCAAUGUUGGGGUAGCACAGGCUUACCUCAACCAGCGGCGCCUUGACAGUGAGGCAAUCCAGCUGGAGCAGAAUGCAACAAACUUUCAGCGUCAGACAUCCCAGUGGCUUACUCUGGUAUCGUCCUUCACCGACUCCAUGAAAGAAGUUGGUCAUGUGCAAAACUGGGCCACCACCAUCGAGGCCGACAUGCGCACCAUCUCCACAGCUCUUGAGUAUGCCUAUAAAGUGGAGCAACAGAGUGGCAGUGGGGGUCCGUCCACUUGAAGAGAGCCUGACCAGGGAAUGCUUGAAAGACAUCUUGCAUUACAUGUUUGGGGACCACUUGGUUGUUAUUUAGGGUAGGGUAUAGUGUCCAAUAGGUAUGCAAAAAUACAUGGAAAACUCCUUUCGCAUGAUUGUACCAUGAUUCCCAUGAUUUUUCAAGGCAACAUAAAUUUUGAAUUUUUUAAAUUUCUAUUUUUUUUUUUAUCAUAUGUGUUACGUAUACAUGACUUUUGGUGUGCCAUUAUACAUAAAAUAUAACCUUGUUGUAAAUGAGUACAUACAAAAAUUGACGUAAGAAUGUUUAUAAACAUUAAAGAAAAAUGUCUCCUUCCUGGGCAAAAAAACUUUUUAUUUAUCUAUUUAUGUAUUUAUUUAUUAUUUUUUUAAAUAGUUACUAGAUACACCUGCCAUGAGUAACUUAAGAGGUAAUACAUUCUCAUUCUGAUUUAUAAUGUGUAGGGCUCCACUUUUAGUGUACAACACGCAUAUUUUUGGUUGGUUGGUGGGCAGAAUAGUUAGAUUUGGCCUUUUAAGAGAAAUGUAGGCCUUAAAAAAUUUAGAUCCAGAGGCCAAACAUAUUUUGGCCUUUUUUUUUCUUUUCUACUGCUCAGGAUAGUCAGCAUAUAUUAUUUUCCCCCAAAUUAAAUGUAUUAUAAGUUACUGCAGGAAAAUAAGUUUCAAAGUUAUCUUUAUACAUACGCAAACAUCACACAUGUUGUACUAUACAUACUUCGUAUUGGUUUAGUAUGUGUGUGUACAAUGUGCCUUGGACCAUGAUGGCAACAAUGGUAAGCCCUCCUCACGCUUGUCGCUGCACUCUGUCAUCUGGUGUCAUGACUCAUGACACAGGAUUUUGAUGAAAUGCUGCAAGUACAUUUCUAGCAAGACAACAUCCAAGCCUGGUCCAUAUGGGCCAUCACUGAGUAUACAUAAUAAACUUGAUUUUGCAGAAUAUAGUAAGAUAACAUGGAGUAUUGGCUGUAUCUAACUAAUUAGUGAUCUUUAUCAUUAUUAAGCCUAAUAAAUAGGUAAUUAUUUUUUGCCUUAUCUUCUAUAUUAUGGUGUAAUAUGAUUGUCCUUUUCUCUUGCCUUUUCAAUCAUAAGUGUGGUCUCAUUGGAAUUAAUACAUUUGGCAACCCUGUUGGUGGGGGAAGGGAAGGAAGUGAAUCAAUUCAAGUGUCUCUGUUUGUGUUCAGGUGUUGUAUAUUUGUUUAGAGAAUGUGUCUUUGGUACUGUUGACUAAAGUACAAUGAGGAAGUCUGUUCUAGUCUUUUAUGGUGCAUGGAAAAUAUGAGUGCUUGUAUGCAUCUGUGUUAGUAUGAUAUGUUUGGUAUGCUGGGUUGUGUAUACCAAUACAUUAAUUUUUUAAGCUACAGAUCAAUGUCACGCCUCCUCAAGGAACCCAGUAUUUGGUUGGCUUUAGAGCAUAUGGAAUAUGUGUGAGUGUGCAAUUUAAGGUUUGUGGAAAGAUGAACAACAAUAAGUAUGCAGUGUGUGAUGCCCAAGAAGGAUGCACGUAGUACAUUUUGGGCAACAUGCUCUUUGUACAUUCUGGACCAUUCCUGGGAUAAGUUAGACAGUUUCAGGGUAAAUUGAAUCCCUUUCAAGCCUGUAGUAGAGGCAGUCUUGGCAUGCAAUGUGUCUUAGGACUGUCUGGCAGCAGUUUGAUAAAAUGUGUACUUACUGAUCUUUGAUAUCUGGGAUCAGUCCAAUAGGUACUGCACACACACACAGCCCCAGCCUUAAUAUUUUGUUUCUAGGCAGUCCUGAUGCAUUUUUCUCAUACAUUGUAUGACAAAAUGAAUUUACAAAUAGAAAAAAAAAUUAUUAGAGAAUUAGUGAUUAAACAUGAAAUGUUGCAACUAUUGAUACCUGUUGACAUGAAGGCAUAAUGGUUAAGCUAAAACAUGAGAACAAAUUUUAAUGUCCAACUAUUAUCAUAUCCUGUGGAGAAGUUUUUAGUGCCAAUUGCAUACCUAAUUGAGUGAUUGUACCUAUUGGACACUACACUAAUGUUUGUAUUGGAAUGCAAUGAACUGUGUAUACUUUCAAUAUUGAUUUUAGAUCAGUUCAAACAACACUCAUAAAGUGAUGUUCACCAGGAUCUGAUGAAAUGAAGGAUUUUCAUUGAUUGAAUUAUGAAUUUUUGUUUAGAGUAUAUGUGGGAAUAUGAGUACUUGUGAAUGUAGAUGUAUUGUGUUAUUUGCUUGUCUUUUAAGAAAGGGUCAGCCUGAUAGAUACAUGAACUAGUAACUGUUCAAGGUACAUGCCUAGCUCUGUAUAUAUGUACUAUUGUAUCUUUCCAGCAUCACUCUUUCUUUAACUCAGCCAUUGCAAGAUUUUGAUCCAGGGAUUUUAGUAGCAACAGUAUCAGACUGUCCGUCAAUAUGUUAAGGCCUCAUUCCUUUAUAAUUACAAUGGUAGAAAUCAAACAUGUUUUCUGACAUGUCUGUGUAGUAAUGUAUGUACUAUGUCUUCAAGUCAGCUAAUAGAAUGUCCAUGAAAGGAGGCUGAAGCUUUUAAAUUAAUAUUCCUAGAGAGGCAUGGGUAAAGAGAACCUUAUAAUUAGUAUAGGGCAGUAGUUCCAACCUGUGGUUCAUGUACUUGUGGUACAGUACCACAGGUUGGGAAUUACUCAUAUACCGCCUUCCAGGUGGUACAGGAGCACUUUUGAGAUCAUAUAUAAUUUUCAGUUAAAUUAGAUCAAUUAAUUUAUCAGAAAAAAUAUUGAUUUACACAAAAAUAAUCUGGCAUUGAUCAGCUGGUGAAGAAACUUAUGCACCCCUCCUAUUGAGUUGUUCCUUGUUGUUUGUUCAUUUGUGUGUUCUACUUGUGAAUAAAUGAUAUUUGCUGGAA